CUUCCUGGAGCCAUUCAGUGCAUUUUACAUUUGCAUAUUAAAAGAAUCCCAGAUUAGCAACUUCCCUGAAGAAAAAGGGCAAGUGGCAAGUCAGGUUUCUGGGGUAGAUUUUAGAUGGGUUACUUGAACUGCCACUAGCACAGCUGAUACUAGCCCUUGCCCUCUAUCACUCACCUCGGCGUUUCAGCUGGUUCCUCUCUGGUUUCGUGCAGUGGAGUACUCUGCUGGGCACUCUGGAGCACUGGGCACUUGACUGGUGUACUGCAUAUCCUUUGAUUCUUCAGCCGAGCUUGCUGAAAAUGAGCUGGCAACAGGAAUGUGGGUGGGCAGGAGUAUUUCUCCCCUGCAGACCUUCUCUUCUAACACCUACUGACCUCUGCUUCAGUGAGGUGUCCUAGGGCUAGGAGUAUCACCUGCCAAAGCAAAAGUGAUGUGGUCCCCACGCAUAGCUCACCUACUGGUGCAGGUACAAACUAGUGCUGCUGCCUUCCUUCAGAGCUGAGACUUGGUGCCUUGCCCCACUGCUGUUCAUCACGAUCCCCACUAGGGAUUCACUGUGCCUGCAAGAAGGAGCCUACAGCAUGGCUUGGGUAUAGCUGGUGGUUCACUAAACAGCCCUCCAGGAAAAAGAAUGUGAAUUGUUUUUGCCAGAAGACACAGGCAGUGCUUGGCUUUCACAGAUCAUGGAUGGAGAACAUGCAAAGGUUUCUGAACCUGGCCACCUUAUUUUUACAUUGUUUCUCUGCAGAGCUGUUGCAUCCACUUUUACACUGCCUUUUGAUCUGCAAUCUCCCUGUUCAUCCCCAUUGUCCACUUGACUGUGGUCUUGCACCUUCCUGACCCUUCUGCUCUGGUGUGUCGGCACUCCCUGUGGGCAAGGACUUCAGGGUUGUCUGUACCCCACCGACACCACGGAGGCCAAACUGCUGCUGCCUGAGCUCCUGGGGAUGGGUGACUGGACUGGGAGGAUGCACCUUCCUAGACAUCCUCUCCUCCAAAGUGUUGGUGAGGCAGGAGAGCAGGCACAGGAUCGUGAAUGUUCUUGUUACUAAGCUGUAGGAACCUUAGCCUCACAAACCCACCACUUGGUCUUUGGCUUAGUCCCAUCAUUAGUUCUGAGAGGUGGCUAAAGAAUGGUUUUGAUCACACCACUUUCCAUUUAACGUUUUGUUGUUGCUGUUUUGCUUACUGGUGGGGUUAUUUGGUUUGGGUUUGGGUUUUUUUUUUUCAGAAUCACAGAAUGGUAGGGCUUGGAAGUGACCUCUGGAGAUCCUCUAGUCCAACCCCCUGCUGAAAUGUCCCAGGAAUGGAUUCUUUAUCAAAUGUGCAAAGUCCAAUCCACACACACAGAUAACAAGUUUAUUAUUAAGUUUGUAUUGUGUGCAAGCAGACUAAUGCCAAGAAGCUAGCACACCUUGUGAGACAUAAGCCUGGUCUCAUAUAUGAAAUUAUGAUAAAAUAAGGCAGAACUCGGCCAUUCCCUUAUCUAGAUAUCUUUUGGGACUACCUGGGGCUUACCCAGGUGUGAUACCACCUCCCACUCCACACCUUUGGUUGUGAAAUCCAGAAGUUUUGUUAGCACUUUUCCCCUAGACAAUACCUUGAAUCUGUCCCUGGGGUCAUAGAAUCUUUAUGGCUGGAAAAGACCUCCAAGAUCAUCAAGUCCCACCAUCGGGGUGGGAUAUUCACACUGUAAUUAGACGAUUUUAGCAAUCUUUGUGUUGCAUCUUCCUUUCACAUCUUCCUCCUUUUAAGCUUGGUGUCCCAUUGUUAUCCCUUAAGUAUCUAUUUGUCAACGUUCUAAGCAAAGCAAGUUCACCAGGAUGAUAAUAAUACACCAGCGCUGCUGGAUCCCAGGAGCAUGGCCUCCAAGGCACCUGGACUAAGAUGUAGAUGACUAAGAGGUGCUUUCCUCUUCUGGCUUGUGAUUAAAUAUCUCAGUCACAGAGCAGGACAUUUGUCUGAGGAAAUGGAUACAUCUUUCCAGAAAUAUUCCAUCAAAAAGCGAGUGAAAAUUCAUCCCAACACAGUGACAGUGAAAUACACUUCUCAUUAUCCCCAGCCAGGAGAAGAGGGGUAUCAGGAUGCUAACGAAGAUGCUGGAGUAUUUAUAGAUGAUAAUCCUAAGAAAAGACUACUGAGUGAUGGGAAAAAGAGAGAAAGGACCUUUUUUGGUACAGUAGGCACCAAGCUUCAGCCAGCAGAACUGCCCAAACCCAACGAGAUGAGGCAAUCCCAGCAUUUUGCUGAAGGAAAUACCCUGCAGUCAAGGAAAACAUGGGUAGUCCUCUUUGGAUCUGCUGUGGCUCACGGAUGUGUGGCUCUGAUUACAAGAUUAGUUUCCGAUCGUUCCAAAGUGCCGUCCCUAGAGUUGCUUUUUAUCCGUUCAGUCCUACAGGUGCUGUCCAUUACUGUUGUGUGUUACCACCAUGAGCCUCCCUUUGGCCCCAAGGGCUACAGACUCCGCCUCCUCUUCUAUGGGGUCUGCAAUGUUAUCUCUAUUACCUGUGCUUACACCUCCUUCGCUAUAGUGCCCCCCAGCAAUGGGACCAUUAUGUGGAGGGCUACCACUACAGUAUUCAGUGCCAUUUUGGCCUUUUUGCUCAUAGAUGAAGGAAUGGCUUACAUAGACAUAAUUACUGUAGUUGGCAGUGUGUUUGGCGUUUGUCUGGUCUUGAUCCCUAACAUUGUUAAGGAGGAAAAUUCUUUGCUGAACACCUGGAAGGAAGCUUUUGGCUAUACCAUGACUGUUAUGGCAGGUUUGACCACUGCUCUUUCCAUGAUAGUCUAUAGAUCAAUCAAAGAUAACAUCAGCAUGUGGACAGCACUAUUCACCUUUAGUUGGACGGGAACAGUGUGGGGAGCAUCCACUAUGUUCUUGCUUCAAGAGCCAAUUGUCCCGCUGGAUGGAGAAACCUGGAGCUAUCUCCUUGCCAUCUGCCUGUGCUCCACAGCAGCCUUCUUGGGGGUCUACUAUGGCCUGAGCAAGUUCCACCCCGCUUUGGUCAGCACUGUACAGCACCUGGAGAUAGUCAUUGCCAUGGUGCUGCAGCUCCUUGUGUUGCGGAUCUUCCCCGGUCCUUAUGAUCUUGUUGGGGGAGUGGUUAUUUUGGUCAGUGUUUUUUUCCUUGCCUGUUAUAAACUGUCCUGGAAGAAUUUAGGACAAGAUUAUCAGGAGAUUGUGGAUUCUUCCAUUAAGUGAGUUCAGUUUUGCCAUCCGCUUCAGGCUAUGUGACUAUGUGAAAUUGAAGUAUUCCAGCUCUGUGGUGUUCUAGCAUAGCGGUCAGGUCCUCUCUCCUGUUCAGGUUCACAGCUGAUGCAGCAAUGUUGGGUAUUGCCAGACCUCCACGACAGCGAAUUCAUUGUAGUGCAUACAAGCAGAUGUUCUGUCACAUGAGAAAAGAAAGGCUGUUUAUCUCUGCACGUAGGGUGUGUGAGCAGGAGGCACAUGCUGGCCCACAGAAGUGCGGGCCAAGUCAUGUGUUCUUCCUCAGCUUCCCUGGAAAAGGCCAUACAGAGACAGAGGGAUUCACCAGUGACUCUCACUCCUGUGCAGUGUAGUAGCAGGAAAAUGAAGAGUAAAACCAUUAAAAUGUUCAACUGAGUAUUCAUAUCCCCUGUAACACUUCUCGUGCUUUGGCUGUAAUAUUCUCCAGGAAGUGAUGCUGGUAUUUCUGUGCUGAAAACUUGCAUUUGCUGUGUGCAUAAAGCCUAAGUAAAGCAUUUGGUGCUUCGUGGUUA